ACCCUGUGGGUCAUCAUGGCUCACACUCACUCUUCCUUGUUGCUCUCCAACACUCCGCGAAUCCAAUUCGCACCACCGUCCCUGUCAAUCCCAACCCUGAAUCCACCCUCCUCUCGAUUCUCCACCUCUCACCCCUUCAGAUUCAUAGGCCUCACUUCCAAACCCAGCAUCAACAAGCUCGUUUGCCAAGCUCAGAAAGCUUCAAUGGCGGCAGCGGUUGAGGUUUUCGAGAAGGAGGAGCUCGCGACGUCUCUGGCCAAAUACGUCGCCGAUCUUUCCAAUAAGUUCACUGCUGAAAGAGGGGCUUUCACUGUUUGUUUGUCUGGUGGGUCUUUGAUCAGCUAUCUCAGGAAAUUGCUUGAGGCUCCUUAUGUUGAUUCUCUUGAAUGGUCUAAAUGGCAUGUGUUUUGGUUGGAUGAGAGGGUUGCGCCUAAGACUCAUGAAGAUAGUAACUACAAGCUUGCUUUUGAUGGGUUUCUCUCCAAGGUUCCGAUUCCACCCGGUAAUGUUUAUGCAAUUAAUGAUGCCCUGUCAGCUGAGGGAGCAGCUGAUGAUUAUGAGACAUGUCUCAGACACUUGGUCAAGAGCAAUGUGAUAACUUCAUCAGUCAGCGGAUUUCCGAAAUUUGAUCUCAUGCUGCUGGGCAUGGGCCCUGAUGGGCACGUUGCUUCUUUGUUCCCAGGGCAUCCUCUUGUGGAGGAGAAUAAAAGAUGGGUUGCCUUCAUCAAGGACUCGCCAAAACCACCACCAGAGAGAAUAACUUUUACCUUUCCGGUGAUCAAUUCCUCUGCUUAUGCUGCACUUGUGGUGGCUGGUUCUGGUAAAGCAGAUGCAGUUCACUCUGUACUGCGUGGCGGAUCGCAAAACUCUAAUAAGCUUCCUGCUGCAUUGGUUUCACCUGAAGGGGAGUUGAAAUGGUUCUUGGACAAAGGUGAAGCCUCCAAGCUGUAGAUCCUCCAUGUAAGGUGGUUAAUCUAUAUGUUGUGCUAGUGUAUUUUUACCUUUACAAUAUUGAGUUUUGUAUGAGAACACAUAUCUAGUGCUGGAUCUCCUUAUCUCAGUGAUA